GGCUCCAUGGAUCUCUGCAUUACCAUUAAAGGAGUCUCAUUCCUUCUACAGUCAGGGCUGGGAGUUUUGGGUAACCUGUCUGUGCUAAUGGCAUAUGCUCAUAUCACUUAUAUUGAGUCAUAUCUGCAGCCUGUGGACAGAAUCCUGGCUCACCUGGCUUUUAGCAACAUGCUGCAACUACUGACACGUAGCGUGCCACAGACAGUGGUUAUCUUCGGCCUGCACAACCUGCUGGAUGAUUCAGGCUGCAAAGUGGUGAUGUACACACACCGCAUCCACCGCGCCCUCUCCAUCUGCCUGACCUGCAUGCUGAGUGUCUUUCAAGCACUCACCAUUACACCAUCAGCUGGGCCGCACCUGACAAAACUAAAAUCUCGACUGUCACAGCUGGUUGUGCCCAUCUUUGUAGGUCUGUGGCUCCUCAACAUGAUUGUAUGCAUCGCUCUUCCACUUUACACAAUAGCACCUCGGAAUGGCACUGUGCCUCCCUUCACCCUCAACCUCGGCUUCUGCCACGUCAAAUUUCCUAACAACCAGGUAUACGUGGCGAUUGGCACUGCCUUCUCAACAAGAGACUUUGCCUUUGUGGCUGUCAUGCUGGCAUCCAGUGGCUACAUCCUCGUCCUCCUGCAUAAACACAGCAGGCAGGUCAGGUCCAUCCGACGCACUCAGCAAGGAACCUCCAUGGAAAUGCGGGCAGCUAAGAGUGUCAUCAUGCUGGUGGUGCUGUACACCGUGUUCUUUGGCAUCGAUAACAUGAUCUGGAUCUACAUGCUGACUGUGGCCCAGGUCCCGGCUACGGUGGUGGACAUGAGAGCAUUUUUCUCUGCGUGCUAUGCCACAUUCAGUCCUUUGCUCAUGAUAAGCACCAAUAAGAAAAUAAAGGAGAGAAUGGUAUGUGCAGCUGGAGAACAGUUGUCUGAGGACUCAGAGAAACAAAAAUUCUAA